UGGAUCUCGGUCACCACCACUGUGCUUUACUAUGCAAUAUAUCCUGUUUACCUCGUGCUGAGGGCCCUAUGGUACAUCUUGGUAUUACUAGCGACUCCGUUUCUGUCCAUUGGACGCGUCAUAGGGAGCAUCUCACUCAUUCCAUGGCGCAUUUUUGCGCGUUUCGAGGCAGUUUGGUAUUUUCUCGGUUGCGCAAUCUUGCUCGGAACCGUUCUCGGAUUGCUUUUGCAUUUCACCAUGCUAGCCUUCGUCGUGAUUUUCGACCUUGAUCGCAGACCAUCCCCGGAACCGAUCCCACCCAAGGGACAUGAUGCAAUAUCUUACAGGAAGGCGAGAGAAGCGAAGAGGCAAAGACUGGAAGAACUACAAAGACGAGCUGUGCAGGCCAGGUUGAUUGCGUCACAGCCGCUGAUUCAAGAAGUUGUGAGGGACGUCAGAAGGAUGCCUCUCUUCGGCCCCUCUGGUGGUCCAGUCAGCCCAAAUCUUCUGCGCGAGACGAUCCUUGAGCACAGUGAAGAAGACGAUAGUGAGUCUGUAUUUUAG